ACAGUGUGUGCCUUAUAUCUCACAGCUCAGGUUCUGUCAGUCAGUAAAUCUCUCAGAUCAAACUGAGUUCUUGAUGAAUCUCUUCAUUGGAGCAGCAGAGAGAGAACAGCAGACAGGAGAGAAGAUGCUGAACAUGUUAUCAUCAGUCUGCUCUUAUCCAUCAUUCCCAUUUCAGUUUGAUGAUGAUGAUUAUGAUUAUCACCAAUAUCAGAGUGAUUUCCUGUUGGAUCUGUGCUCCCGUGUGAAGGACUAUGAGACUCAGACAGGCAGGAGUGUCCUUCCAUCAUUACAGUCAGUUCUUUCAGCUCCUGCAGUCUGGUUCAUAAAGCUCUCAGAGACAAAGACCUCCAUCCUCCUGGAAGUGCUGAAACUGCAGUCAGAGAAGAAAGCAGUGGAGCUGGAUGGAUGUUCAUAUGAAGAGAGUGAAGUGAGGAGUUUCCUACAGUGUGUGCCUUAUAUCUCACAGCUCAGUUUCUGUCAGUCAGUAAAUCUCUCAGAUCAAACUGAGUUCUUGAUGAAUCUCUUCAUUGGAGCAGCAGAGAGAGAACAGCAGACAGGAGAGAAGAUACUGAACAUGUUAUCAUCAGUCUGCUCUCAUCAGAGAUUCCCUCUACAUGAACUCUACAUGAGAAAUUCUGCUAAGAAACAUCAGAGUGAUUUCCUGUUGGCUCUGUACUCCCGUGUGAAGGACUAUGAGACUCAGACAGGCAGGAGUGUCCUUCCAUCAUUACAGUCAGUUUUCCAGUCAGCUCCUGCAGUCUGGUUCAUAAAGCUCUCAGAGACAAAGACCUCCAUCCUCCUGGAAGUGCUGAAACUGCAGUCAGAGAAGAAAGCAGUGCAGCUGGAUGAAUGUUCAUAUGAAGAGAGUGAAGUGAGGAGUUUCCUACAGUGUGUGCCUUAUAUCUCACAGCUCAGGUUCUGUCGGCCAUCAGUAAAUCUCUCAGAUCAAACUGAGUUCUUGAUGAAUCUCUUCAUUGGAGCAGCAGAGAGAGAACAGCAGACAGGAGAGAAGAUGCUGAACAUGUUAUCAUCAGUCUGCUCUUAUCCAUCAUUCCCAUUUCAGUUUGAUGAUGAUGAUUAUGAUUAUCACCAAUAUCAGAGUGAUUUCCUGUUGGAUCUGUACUCCCGUGUGAAGGACUAUGAGACUCAGACAGGCAGGAGUGUCCUUCCAUCAUUACAGUCAGUUCUUUCAGCUCCUGCAGUCUGGUUCAUAAAGCUCUCAGAGACAAAGACCUCCAUCCUCCUGGAAGUGCUGAAACUGCAGUCAGAGAAGAAAGCAGUGCAGCUGAUUGGAUGUUCAUAUGAAGAGAGUGAAGUGAGGAGUUUCCUACAGUGUGUGCCUUAUAUCUCACAGCUCAGUUUCUGUCAGUCAGUAAAUCUCUCAGAUCAAACUGAGUUCUUGAUGAAUCUCUUCAUUGGAGCAGCAGAGAGAGAACAGCAGACAGGAGAGAAGAUACUGAACAUGUUAUCAUCAGUCUGCUCUCAUCAGAGAUUCCCUCUACAUGAACUCUACAUGAGAAAUUCUGCUAAGAAACAUCAGAGUGAUUUCCUGUUGGCUCUGUACUCCCGUGUGAAGGACUAUGAGACUCAGACAGGCAGGAGUGUCCUUCCAUCAUUACAGUCAGUUCUUUCAGCUCCUGCAGUCUGGUUCAUAAAGCUCUCAGAGACAAAGACCUCCAUCCUCCUGGAAGUGCUGAAACUGCAGUCAGAGAAGAAAGCAGUGGAGCUGAUUGGAUGUUCAUAUGAAGAGAGUGAAGUGAGGAGUUUCCUACAGUGUGUGCCUUAUAUCUCACAGCUCAGUUUCUGUUAUUCAGUAAAUCUCUCAGAUCAAACUGAGUUCUUGAUGAAUCUCUUCAUUGGAGCAGCAGAGAGAGAACAGCAGACAGGAGAGAAGAUACUGAACAUGUUAUCAUCAGUCUGCUCUUAUCCAACAUUCCCAUUUCAGUUUGAUUAUGGUCACCAAGAUCGUCUUGAUUUCCUGUUGGAUCUGUACUCCCGUGUGAAGGACUAUGAGACUCAGACAGGCAGGAGUGUCCUUCCAUCAUUACAGUCAGUUUUCCAGUCAGCUCCUGCAGUCUGGUCCAUAAAGCUCUCAGAGACAAAGACCUCCAUCCUCCUGGAAGUGCUGAAACUGCAGUCAGAGAAGAAAGCAGUGCAGCUGGAUGAAUGUUCAUAUGAAGAGAGUGAAGUGAGGAGUUUCCUACAGUGUGUGCCUUAUAUCUCACAGCUCAGGUUCUGUCAGUCAGUAAAUCUCUCAGAUCAAACUGAGUUCUUGAUGAAUCUCUUCAUUGGAGCAGCAGAGAGAGAACAGCAGACAGGAGAGAAGAUGCUGAACAUGUUAUCAUCAGUCUGCUCUUAUCCAACAUUCCCAUUUCAGUUUGAUGAUGAUGAUUAUGAUUAUCACCAAGAUCGUCUUGAUUUCCUGUUGGAUCUGUACUCCCGUGUGAAGGACUAUGAGACUCAGACAGGCAGGAGUGUCCUUCCAUCAUUACAGUCAGUUUUCCAGUCAGCUCCUGCAGUCUGGUUCAUAAAGCUCUCAGAGACAAAGACCUCCAUCCUCCUGGAAGUGCUGAAACUGCAGUCAGAGAAGAAAGCAGUGGAGCUGAUUGGAUGUUCAUAUGAAGAGAGUGAAGUGAGGAGUUUCCUACAGUGUGUGCCUUAUAUCUCACAGCUCAGGUUCUGUCGGCCAUCAGUAAAUCUCUCAGAUCAAACUGAGUUCUUGAUGAAUCUCUUCAUUGGAGCAGCAGAGAGAGAACAGCAGACAGGAGAGAAGAUGCUGAACAUGUUAUCAUCAGUCUGCUCUUAUCCAACAUUCCCAUUUCAGUUUGAUGAUGGUCACCAAUAUCGUCUUGAUUUCCUGUUGGAUCUGUACUCCCGUGUGAAGGACUAUGAGACUCAGACAGGCAGGAGUGUCCUUCCAUCAUUACAGUCAGUUUUCCAGUCAGCUCCUGCAGUCUGGUCCAUAAAGCUCUCAGAGACAAAGACCUCCAUCCUCCUGGAAGUGCUGAAACUGCAGUCAGAGAAGAAAGCAGUGGAGCUGAUUGGAUGUUCAUAUGAAGAGAGUGAAGUGAGGAGUUUCCUACAGUGUGUGCCUUAUAUCUCACAGCUCAGGUUCUGUCAGUCAGUAAAUCUCUCAGAUCAAAGGAAGUUCUUGAUGAAUCUCUUCAUUGGAGCAGCAGAGAGAGAACAGCAGACAGGAGAGAAGAUGCUGAACAUGUUAUCAUCAGUCUGCUCUUAUCCAUCAUUCCCAUUUCAGUUUGAUGAUGAUGAUUAUGAUUAUCACCAAUAUCGUCUUGAUUUCCUGUUGGAUCUGUACUCCCGUGUGAAGGACUAUGAGACUCAGACAGGCAGGAGUGUCCUUCCAUCAUUACAGUCAGUUUUCCAGUCAGCUCCUGCAGUCUGGUCCAUAAAGCUCUCAGAGACAAAGACCUCCAUCCUCCUGGAAGUGCUGAAACUGCAGUCAGAGAAGAAAGCAGUGCAGCUGAUUGGAUGUUCAUAUGAAGAGAGUGAAGUGAGGAGUUUCCUACAGUGUGUGCCUUAUAUCUCACAGCUCAGUUUCUAUCAGUCAGUAAAUCUCUCAGAUCAAACUAAGUUCUUGAUGAAUCUCUUCAUUGGAGCAGCAGAGAGAGAACAGCAGACAGGAGAGAAGAUGCUGAACAUGUUAUCAUCAGUCUGCUCUCAUCAGAGAUUCCCUCUACAUGAACUCUACAUGAGAAAUUCUGCUAAGAAACAUCAGAGUGAUUUCCUGUUGGAUCUGUACUCCCGUGUGAAGGACUAUGAGACUCAGACAGGCAGGAGUGUCCUUCCAUCAUUACAGUCAGUUCUUUCAGCUCCUGCAGUCUGGUCCAUAAAGCUCUCAGAGACAAAGACCUCCACCCUCCUGGAAGUGCUGAAACUGCAGUCAGAGAAGAAAGCAGUGGAGCUGAUUGGAUGUUCAUAUGAAGAGAGUGAAGUGAGGAGUUUCCUACAGUGUGUGCCUUAUAUCUCACAGCUCAGCUGUGAUCCAGGUUUCUUCCAAAGCGUUUGUACAUCUUUUCCUGUGACGUCUGAACAGGAAGUGCAGCAGAUGUCGUCUCUGCUGCAGCUCCUGGACUUCAAUCUGCUCUUGACUGGAUGCUUAAGCAGUGAAACCUGCAGCUCUGUGGGGAGAGUUCUUGGUUUCUGUGGCUCUAAAGUGAAUCUCAGCCUCACGUGCACAAAGAUCUCUGCCAGAGAAGCCUCUCUGCUUUUUAAACAUACUCCUCACAUCAGAAGUCUGCGGUUGAGCUCAGACUUGGUGUUGCUGUUGCUUCAGUGGGUCAGAACAGGUGAAGUUUCUCCAUCAUUAAUCAUUGAGGAUCUCAGUGUCAUUGAAAGUAUGACCUACCAGUCAGAAAAAGUGUUGUUGAGUGUUGUCAGUAGUGUUGCAUUUCUGCUGAGCUCCUGGACAGUAAGACAGUUGGACCUGUCAGAGCUCAGCAUCCCCACUCAGCAUCUCACUGCACUGCUGUGUCACCAUGGCUCCCUGACCAUCAGGGUGAACAAAGAGAACCUGCAGCAGCUUCCUGCCCUCCUUCAUGAAAUCCAGGACCAGGAGCUGACUCAGUGUUUCUUCAGUAAAGUUGGUGGAGACCUGACUUCCUGCUUCCUGGACUGGGAGGUUCUUUACUUUCUGCUGCAGCACUCAUCAGGUCAGACCAUCACAGUGAACCUGAAGAAGAUCAGCUCCGUAGAGGAAAACUUCUCACAUCUGCUGCCCUUUCUGGACAGGCUUGUGUUUAAGCGGCCCAGUCCCAGCUUUGUGUUAUCUGCCAUCAGACACAUCCAUGAAGCUCACAGCAGUCACAGUGUACCAUCUUUACUGAGGUCACUGGAUCAUGUGAUCAGUCUGACCUGCACAGAGCUGGACUCAGUGGACUUUUCAGCUCUGCUCUUCAUCCUCCAUCACAGUGAUGGAGUCAAACUCAACCUUCUGUGGACCUCCAUACCAGCAGAGAACAUGGAGUCCCUCCUCUUCACUCUGGAUAAAGUGUCUCAGCUCAGUGUUGACAGGACUUUAUUGCUGAGGUUGGUCCACUGCUGUGCUGCAGCCCAGCAGAGGGCAUCAUCAGUCCUGCUGGGGGCUCUGCAGCACAGGCUGGAUCUGUCCUGCUCCUCCUUCAUGGACCUGGCAGAGGAAGAGCAGAGAGACGCUUUGAGACUGACUGCUGCUGACUGCUGGGCCAUCUCCACCAUCCUGGGAUACAGCAGCCAGGAGACACAGCUCGACCUCAGAGACUGUGAGGUGGGCGAUAAUGGGCUGGACGCGCUGCUUCCUGUUCUGGACAGAGUCCGCCUCAGAGCCAGUAAAGCUCUCCUCCUCCAGCUGCUGUCUCUGAUCCCUCAGAGGGACUCGGUCAGAUGGGCAGAGUCUCUGUGGAGAGCUCUGGAUGGAGAACUGGACCUCAGUCACACCACCCUGGAUCAGGGGACCUGCAGCUCUUUGGCUCAGGUGCUGGACUCGUCUGAAGGUGUGACAGAGCUGGACCUGAGUCACUGUCAGCUCACUGACCAGCUGCUGUCCAUGCUGAUCCCACAGCUGCACAAAGUCCAAGUCCUGGAUCUGAGUCACAACAAUCUGACUGAUGUCUCCACCAACAUGUUACUCUGCCUGACCUCCAUCAGUUCUUGUAGUCACACUGUGAGAGUCUUUGGGAACUCCAUCAAGGACAAACAGCCUUUUACAGACAAACGCUUUGAGAUCUGGUGAAGCAGCGAACAUGUAAAAGAGGAGAAAUUACUCAUCAUCAUCAUCAUGAUCAUCAUCAUGAUCAUCAUCACAGCAGGAACCAUCAGUGUGAUGCUCUGACUGCAGCAUGGCACUGAGGUGUUCCACAAACAUUAAACACCACAGCAGGGUUUCAGUCGAGGGCAGACAGAGGAGGAAAUGUUUGACCCCAGCCCCGCUCUCUGGACUUCCUGUUACACAGGGGGCGCUCUCGAGAUGGAGCCCAUGGAGCUGCAGCAUAAAAUGAAAUGUUCACGGGGUUGAUUUGUACUGGUUUCUAUUGUAGAUGAAUGGCUUUCAGAGUUACAGAUGUUUUUCUCAGUAGUUUUUAUUCUUAUUUCAGGCUCAAGCUUUAGUUUUAAUUCAGUUUAGUUUCAGUUUCCAGAGUUUUUAUGUCUGAAGUUGUUUAGUUUGAGUUCAGUUUUUAGUCACUUUCAGUCUCUUUAAUGAUUUCACUUUGUAAAUUUUUUGUCAGGUGCAGAUUGAGGAACAACAGUUACGAUAAAAACAUUUUGUGAAGACAGUCACAGUCUUGUAGACUUCCUGAAUCUCUGUGAAGACAGAUUUUACCAAACUAACUCAAACUAAAGACAUUUCCUCUGUAUUCACAUAUUAUUUGAGUGAGUUUGAGUUAGUUUUGUGAGUUGAAUAGCAGUGGGAAGUUAGCUGAAAAGGUUUCUGGAAAGUGAGUUAAAAGUGUUUCAGUUGGUUUUAUUUAAUUUUAUUUUUCAGGAUUUGGGUUUUUAUUUUGGUUUCAGUAAUUAAAAUGAUUUUACAGA